AUGAUUAAAUCAUUAUCUAUAUUUUUAUAUAUUUUUGCAAUUUUCCAAAUAUGUAUUUCAACCGAUCAAAUUUAUGUGGAUUCGAGUAAAUCUUAUAGUUUGGCAUGUGGUAGUACUCUAGAUCUUGCUUGCUCAGAUAUUCUAUCUGGUUUAGCAGCAUAUGGAAAUCUUGAAUCGAAAUCGGAUUCUUUGAUUUUAAGUUUGGUGGGUGGAGUAUACUCUGGCACCAAUAACAGUUUUAUCAAUAUAUUAAAUCAGGAUAUCACAAUUACCAGUUUAAAUAGCAAUUCAUUGGCAACAAUCGAUCUACAGUUCCUAAAUUCUUUCAUCUCCAUUAAGGAUGUUUCUGCCACUGGAAAUACCAAUACCAACUUGACUCUAAGCAAUUUGAAUAUCAUCAAUGGAAAUAGUUCUACCAAUGGUACUGUUGUCAAUAUCAGCACUCAGUGGACACCUACUCUUUUAACUUUCGACAGUGUUUACGUUGCUGGAAACCUGGCUUUUGAAGGUUAUGGUGGUGUCAUCUACGUUCAAACCAGUGUUGCCAACACCAAAAUAGUUCUCACCAACUCUACUUUUUUCAAUAAUACAGCAUAUUUGGGUGCGGUUUAUUACUCUGAAACUCAAGGUCAGCUUGAAAUCUCUAAAAGUGUAAUCAAGAACAAUGUUGGAGUUAUCACUGGUAUUGUAGAUGCCUAUCAAACAUCGGUUAGUGUUACCAAUUCAACAGUUGCAUACAACCUAGGAAGAUCAGCGAUUUUUACAUUCAUUUCAAACGUAGGAACCGUUGAGGUUUCCAAUCUCAUCGCUUACAACAAUUCACUUCGUUCGAACUGGGACGGUGGAUUUAUCCAAGCCAAUGAGAACAAUCUAUCGGUGUUGGAUUCCGACUUCCAAUGGAACAGUGGAUCGGCUGUCAUCUAUUUUGAAACCGAAGGAUCCGGAUCAUACCAGUUGCUGGUUGGAACGAGCGUUUUCAACGAGACCAUGGGAUCUCGUUAUGGUGGAGCUAUCUAUGUUUGCGGUGGUUCAUCGAAUAUCUACAACUCUUCAUUCAUUGAAAACUAUUCUAUCUACAACGGUGGAGCUAUCUACUAUUCCGAUACACUCCAAGCGAAUGCCACCAAUUUGAUAUUCAUCAACAACCAAGUUGGUGUUGGAAAUGGUAGCUCUAUCUACACAAACAAUGCGACCGUCAACUAUUUCGAUAAUCUCAGUUUCAUUAACUCGAAUAACAUCACUACAGCAAUGUAUUGCAACUCCUCAUCGAUUUAUCUCAACAAUAUCACUAACGACAAUGUUACUCCGUUAAUCUCUUGUGACAGCACGAAACCAUCUGACCAAUGCACAAUUCACAGUAGCAACAAUGCCAUUGGUCAACAAUGUAAUAGCCAAGUAAAUUCGAGUGACAACAAUAAUAACAACAGUAGCGAACAUCACAACAACAACAAUAGUAGUGGUGAUAAUAAAAAACCAAAGAAGAAAGGAUUAACCAGUGCGCAGAUCGGUGGUAUCGCUGCAGGUUCUGCUGUAGGUGCAGCAGCUAUUGUUCUUGGCGUCUAUAUAAUUCACAAGAGACAUCACAAUCGUAAUAAAUACAAGAGUUAUUAUUAA